AAAGAAAUGAACCUAGAAGAACGGCUUUUGUCUAUGGGGCACGGGAGCGACGAUCAGAAGUAGCCGGAGCCCGAUUUUCAACAUCUGACAGCCAUGAAGUCAGUUUUAAGCGCGGUGCCUGUCUUAAUACUGACGCUGACUGUGGUCGCCAUUCAGUCGGCGUCCGCGGCUCCGGAGGCCUUCCGGCGAGACCCGGGGCAUCCUCAGUGGCACCAUGGGGCUUUUCACGAGGUCAGAGAUAGUGUCCGAUCUGAUGUUCGCCGCAUGCUCCAUACGCGUGCCGAGGUUCCAUUCCAGGUCCCACUUGAAGUAAACAUAGUCCUCAUUGGUUUCAACAAUGAUGGAGGCUAUAGGUAUACAGUUGAUGCACACAAAUUGGAAGAGUUCCUCAGAAUCAGCUUCCCAUCUCACAGACCCUCAUGCUUGGAGACAGGCGAGCCCCUUGAUAUUGAGCAUCACAUCGUCUACAAUGUGUUUCCUGCUGGGCAACCAGAGCUGAUAGCACUGGAGAAGGCACUGAAAGAGGCCAUGGUUCCUGCUGGAACUGCUAGAGAGUCUGAUUAUGGAAGGGAGGUGCCGUUGUUUGAGGUGGAUGCAACAGCUGUGGAGCCUGUAUUUCAGAAACUAUAUUCCUACAUAUUUGACAUGGAUAAUCGUGGAUACAAUGCAGCAGAGAUGGAUAGACCUGUGCCAAGUGCAAUUUUUAUUGUCAAUUUCGAUAAGGUGAGAAUGGAUCCUAGGAACAAGGAGAUUGAUCUCGACAGUUUAAUGUAUGGAAAAAUUACCCAGCUAACUGAGGAAGAGAUGAAAAGACAGGAGGGGGAAUACAUUUAUCGUUAUCGAUAUAAUGGAGGAGGGGCAUCUCAAGUUUGGCUGGGUCUUGGAAGAUUUGUUGUCAUCGACCUCUCAGCAGGGCCUUGCACAUAUGGAAAGAUUGAAACUGAAGAAGGAAGUGUCAGUUCAAAAACACUCCCACGGUUGCGGAAUGUGUUGUUUCCAAGGGGUUUUAAUGCAGCUAGUGUUCAUUCUACUCAUGAUACUUUUGUUGGACAACUUGCUGCUUUGGUUUCAACCACAGUUGAGCAUGUUAUUGCCCCAGAUGUUAGGUUUGAGACUGUUGAUCUGACGACAAGGUUGCUUAUACCAAUCAUAGUCCUUCAGAAUCAUAAUCGAUAUAAUAUCUUGGACAAAGGCCAAAAUAACAGCAUAGACAUUGAAGCAAUUGAGGCCGAGGUUAAAAAGAUGGUUCAUUAUGGUCAGGAAGUAGUAAUUGUUGGGGGUUCACAUGCACUACAUCGCCAUGAAAAGUUGACAAUUGCGGUUUCAAAGGCAAUGCGAGGCCAUUCCCUGCAAGAAACAAAGAAGGAUGGACGUUUCCAUGUUCAUACAAAGACAUAUUUGGAUGGUGCUAUUCUCAAAGAAGAAAUGGAACGAUCUGCUGAUGUGCUUGCAGCUGGUUUACUUGAGGUGGCUGACCCAUCUCUUUCAAGUAAAUUCUAUAUCCGCCAGCAUUGGAUGGAUGAAUCUGAUGGUUCAAGUGAUUCCAUACUAAAGCAUAAACCUCUUUGGGCUACUUCUGCCUCUAAACGUGGGAAGGAGAAGAAAAAGAAAACAGAAAAGAAACAAAGUGAUCUACACCGAACUUAUGGAACAAGAGUGAUUCCUGUCUUUGUUCUAUCAUUGGCUGAUGUCGAUCCACACCUUAUGAUGGAAGAUGAAAGUCUUGUAUGGACAAGUAAUGAUGUUGUCAUUGUGCUUCAGCAUCAAAAUGAAAAAAUACCUCUAAGUUAUGUUUCAGAAACAGAGAGAAGGCAUGCUAUUCCAUCACAAGCACAACGCCACAUAUUGGCAGGUCUUGCUUCUGCCGUGGGUGGGUUGAGUGCACCGUACGAAAAGGCUUCUCAUGUACAUGAAAGACCGAUUGUGAAUUGGCUCUGGUCAGCUGGUUGUCAUCCGUUUGGACCAUUCUCCAAUACUUCCCAGAUCAGUCAAAUGCUCCAGGAUGUUGCCUUGAGGAACACAAUAUACGCUCGUGUAGAUUCUGCACUACACAGAAUUCGGGAUACAUCAGAGUAUGUACAAACUUUUGCUGCUGAAUAUCUGAAAACCCCACUUGGUGAACCAGUCAAGGGCAAGAAAAAUAAGUCGAGCACUGAGCUAUGGUUGGAAAAGUUCUACAAGAAGAAAACUAACUUGCCUGAACCUUUACCUCACGAAUUAGUUGAAAGACUAGAGAAAUUCUUGGAUAACCUUGAGGAAGAACUUGUAGAUCUAUCAUCCCUGUUAUACGAUCAUCGGUUACAAGAUGCACAUCUGAACAGCUCAGAAAUUUUACAAAGCACUAUCUACACCCAACAGUAUGUAGAUUAUGUUUUGGUGAGUGAGAAGGAGAAAAUGAAAUGCUGCGACAUCGAAUACAGAUUCCCGGUGGAGUCUUCUCAAACGUUCAUCUACGGUGGAAUUCUUCUUGCUGGAUUCUUUGUAUAUUUCCUGGUCAUUUUCUUUUCAUCUCCUGUGCGUUAAGUCAGAAUCACAACGGCUUCCCGGUCGGAAAUCGUGUCAAAAUUUCAAAGCUCGCCUGGCAGUAUGGAGGAGAAAUGUGUAUCCCCAGAAAAUAUAUAAUUUUGAGGAGAAAAAAUUUUGAUUUAUAAGAAAAAAUUGUGUAAAAACGUUGGAUGGGUAAUGGUGUAGGUUAGUAUGAUAAUGCCCAUUUGGUAGCGAAUUUGAGGACCAGGAUACAAAAGAAUGAAAAGUUUCUUCUUUUUUGGUUUC